UACAGCCGUCUCCAGGCCACAACUCCGGGGGUCUCACUGACGUAGCCAAUUAGAUCAGCGUAAGGCGACCCCGACAGGUUCACGCCGCUGACCAGCACGUGGGCAGCUCUCUCCAGGCUCCUUUUACCACCUUCUUCAUUCUAUGGUGUUGGUUUUUGGCUAUUGGAAAGGGUAUAGUCGACGCAUCUUACUCUUGUGCUUCCAAUCUCUUCGCGUCAAGUGUGUGGCUGGAGGCAUGCACUAGAUGUCGACUCAAUCGCACACCCCGUUACCCCAGGUUGGGAAGCUCGUGAGCGUGGUUCCCGUUGGUCUCAAAGAGGCUGCACUCGACUCGCCGACCUUCCGCGCGACUACCCUCCACUUCUGCGACCAGAUUGAUUUCAUUGAGAGAUGGCUCGAUGGGUAUGCCAAAGCUGCGGCGAAGCUUGCCUCCGAGGUAGUGGCCAUGGAGAGCGUUGUUAAUAGCUUCCUCUCCUACUCCAACCCUCUGGUAGUUUCCGAAGCCGUCGUCGAUCAUGAUUACACGCUGUUAGCAAUGAGGAGGAGCGGAGAAGGAUCGAAGGAUCUCUGGAAUGGACUGGUGAUGGCGACCAAGAAAAUGGAGUCGCUGAUCGCUGAGCCCAUUCGUGUGUUCAUUCAUGAAGAUUUGCGGCAUUUCAAGGAAAGCCGCCGCGCUGUCGAGCAGGCCCAGAAGCAGUAUGAUUACUUACAAGCCCGAUAUGCAUCGCAGUCAAAGUCUAAAGAAGCCUCCGCUUUGAGGGAGGAAGCGUUCCAGCUUCACGAAGCUCGCAAAGCAUACCUGAGAGCGUCUAUGGACUUUUCCGUGCAGGCUCCUCAGAUACGCAAUGCGCUUGAUCGACUUUUGGUUCGAGUCUCUUAUGAUCAAUGGCGAGAGUUCCGGGUGUUCCAUAACAACAAUAGCUCGACGUUCUCAAAGUGGUCGGGCGAGAUGGAUCGGAUCAAAGGAUGGGUUCACGAGAUGGAAGCAAGUGACCGAUCUGCCAAGCGUGAGCUUCUAGCUACGAGGAAACAAAUUGAAGAGGCUGCAGAAGUGGUAGCCCGUCCGCCCCGCGAACUUGAGGACUAUUCAAUCUCCACUGUUCCGUACCUCGGCUCCCGACCUUUAUCCACGCUUAACAUGGGCAAGGAUAUUAGGCCAGAAAAGCAAGGAUGGCUCAACCUACGGACAUUGUCCGGCAGACCCAGCCGCACGGUCUGGGUGAGGCGCUGGGCCUUCCUCAAGCAUGGUAUCUUUGGAUGUCUUGUACAGGGCUCACGUACCGGUGGUGUUGAAGAAAGCGAGCGAAUUGGCGUGCUCCUAUGCAGCAUUCGCCCAGCGUUUCAAGAGGAGCGACGGUUCUGUUUCCAAGUGAAGACCAAGAAUAACAGUAUUAUUCUUCAAGCCGAGACACAAAAAGAGCUGAUGGAAUGGAUUGGGGCUUUCGAAGCUGCCAAGCAAAAAGCAUUGGAAAAUCCCACGAGUACCGACUUGUCAAUUUCAGGGAAAGUCACCGUUCAAGACCCUGCUUUUUCGAUAUCGCAGCCUCCUGCACCCGAAUUCACUGCCGACCCAAGCGAGUCUCUCACUCCCCAUCUCAGUGAUGAGCAGUCUCAUAUUGAACGGAGCUCAACACUUCCAGUCCCGGACCGUGACGGACUUGCUAUGCGGAACAGUACCGACAUGAGCGGUCGAAGACUGACGGGUUUGGAAGCAGAAUCUUCUGCUCGUGAGCACACCAGGGAUCAUACAUCUAGGAUUAUUCAAAAGUUGGAUCUUCACCGCAAGUCGAACAACGCUGCACCAUUGUCCCCGUCGAUUCCCGGCCCUGCGAGCGGUAUCGCCAGCCUUAUUUCCGCUAGCCAUAACCUGCUCCCUUACGGAGGUGCUGCGGCCGCCAGUGCUAGGGAUGGGGAAGGAAACCGAGGUCGCAGCCCGAGCAGCGUGGAUGAGCCCGGAGUGAGCCUUGCCCCUGCUACCCUUGCUAACCCACCAGCGCCAACAAGCAUGAGCAAAGCUGCAGUGGUAGUGAGUAGCGAACGAGGUAUUGGCCUGGGCCUUGUUGACAGCACAGGCGGAAUGCCCAGUGGUAUGAUGGCAAAUCUAUGGGGCAGCUCCAAUUGGGGAUUCAUCAAUAAGUUCCAACGGACGCAACCUUACACAAAUGGUGACCAUCCAGAGACCACAGCUGAGGGACGCCCGGCGUCUGUUAUGAGUGAUUCUGAUAGGCAGAAUGUCGCUGCUCAAACCGACAUCCAAAGUGCAUCUGCAAGCCCCUGGCAGCCGUCUGGACCGCGUCACCGACAAACUGUCAGCCUCGACGGAGAGGAUGCGUCAAAGAUCCAACGAGCUGCGCGAGCAAUGGUAGCAGAAACUGAGUAUCCUAGUAUCUAUCCACAGCAGUUGAAGAUCCAGGAUGCCCAAUUUCGAUUGCUGUUCCCAGAUGUCAAGAAGGAGGAACCAUUGGUCUUGGUUUUCAGGGCAACCUGGAGCCCGAAUGAGCAGCAAGAAUUCCCUGGCAGGGCUUACGUGACAACUCGCAGCAUCUACUUCUACAGCCACCACUUUGGUUUGGUUCUGACCACCAGCGCCUCUCUGGACAACAUCAAGGAGGUGACUGCUGCUUCUGGGCGCGACUGUGAUUUCCUCUUCCUACACACGAUACCUCCAAUUGGUAGUGAUACUCCUGGCCGAAUUACCAUCAAGACCUUCCUCGAGCCUCUCCGACUGCUCCAGAAGCGUCUUAACUUUUUGAUCCAAUCAUCCAUUGCUGUCCAGCCGAUGAACCUUGAGGGAAUCCUCAGAGAACUCAUUAAAAUGGACACUGGCUCUCCCAUCCGACCGUCGAGCGCAGACAGUUGGGAAGACGCUCCAUCUGGACCUGACACCAAGAACGGUCAUGAUAUACACCUUCCUAUUUACGUCGACAAAGAUCUGGACAUUGAUGGAGGUAAGGGUGGCCGUGGUAAAGACCACCCGAGGUUCAGACUGCCUACUCAACCUGUGGAGUACGUCCCGCAGGGUGAUCUUGCUCUGGUGGUGGAGAAGGUACUCGACAUUAGCCCGAAGGCACUGUUCCAUAUUCUGUUUGGUGAUAAGAGCGCAGUAUGGCAGCUUUUGCUCCAUGAACGUGAAGCUCGAGAGAUCAAACAAGGGCCAUGGGCGAGCACGGAGGCACGGCAUCUCCGAAGAGACUUCCAUUAUCAGAUCGAGACGAUCGAUAUCUUUGGACGAUCUCAAAACAAUGCCAUCUCGGAUUAUCAGAUCAUCGACGUACUUAAUGACCACCUGUGCUACGUGAUCACAGAUAAACGGACCCCGUGGCAUCUUCCCCUUCGUCGCUCAUUCCGUCUUGUGAGCAAAGUUGUGAUCACGUUCGUGGCCAAAUCGAAGAGCAAGCUUGCUAUCUACACCAAGGUUGAGUGGCUCAAAUCACCCUACGGCCUGAAAAAUAUGAUCGACAAGAGAGCGGGUGCCGACUUGGAACAGGAUGCCCUUGAUCUCGUGGAUUUAGUCAGUGACCAAGUUCGUCGCCUGGGCGUACACAGUCGUACCAAGAAGGCCAUCACCAUCUUUGGCCAUGUCGGACGCCAGAGUAAUGUGUCUCAAUUCUCAGGUGCUGGUGGAAAUUUGAAGCUGGAAACGCGCAAGCGUACUCAGCGCACCAUGCCACACCUCGUCAUGGAGACAGUCUUGUCAUUUUUGGAAAGCGCGUUAUCAUUUUUGAUGCAAUCCUCCUUUGGUCUUGUUGGUUGGACUUUGAAGACUUUGAGUGCACACAAGGUCAUCUUGAUCUUGCUGGUAGCGAGCGCUCUCAUGAACGGCUUCUAUACCUCGAGAGAUGGUUGGGACUGGUGGCACGAGCGACAUGCUAGCAAUUUCAUGUCCAGGCUUGGUGUUCAACCAAAUAUGGUCAUGAGCAAAGCCAUUUACAUCCGAGAUAUCGACGAAGCAGUCGCCAACUCGACUAUUUGGCCUCACAACGGGAGCACCAGUACAUGCUUUGGCGCGUUUAAUGAGCAUAGCAUGCGGUACGCGGAGCUCCCUCUGUCUCUGAGCACUUCAAACCCACGCGAUGCAGUCGCCAAGAGCGCAACCAAGCGGUUCUUGCAGACCCGAGAGCGUCUCGGGAUGUACAGGCAUAAUCUACUGGUUGCCCUGCGCGUGGUGAACAGUAUCGAAAAGGAAGUCAUACAAAAUGAAUGGGAGCGGUGGCUCCGUGAGGAAUUGCGUCGCUGUCGCCAAGUCGAGAUUCUUCUGGGAGGGGGCAACGAUGCCGAAGGCGACACGGCCACACAGGUCGCCCAGGCGGAGCGCAUUUUCGCCGAAAACACAGGCAACAUCAAGGAGUGGUAUGAGCGGUACUGCACCAGCUGUCGCCAGGAGCAGGAGCAGGUUCAGAAGAAUGACAGGGAGAACCUGUUGCUUUGAGCUUGAGCGGUUCCCCCCCCCCCAAAAAUUUCCUUCACGUCCUUGAAUCCUUCUUGAAGCGUCUUCUGUUUUGUACAAUUCCCGCUGCGUGGACAUUUGCACUAUUCUGCUCUUCGCUUUUGCAUUGUAACUUAACACUAUACCCGGUGGCAACCCCAUUAUUGUGUGUUUCGUGAAUCAACUUGGCAUGAAAUAUCAAUGCCGAUCCCCACUUCGCUUCUCCGCAGAUAAUUUCGAGCAAUAUGAAUACAAUUUUGCUCCCGCGUUGAACGCGCACUCCAUGCUGAACAACGUAGAUCGUGAGACAUCCAAAUUUUGAGAGGGGCUCAGUUCUGUCGCGGCUUGACCUCGCCUUCCUGGACGACGUAGUAGACGACCGUACCCUCUCCACCCAUCCCCCUGUUGGUCAUCGCGAGUAGAGCUCGCCUAGUGCCCCAUUCUUUCGUUUCCUUGGCAAUUUUCUUCUUCUGGUAAUAUUCAUCGAGCUUCUUUGCCUUUUCAGGAUCCGUAGACUCGUUGCUCGACCAUUCUUCCUCGCUUCCCGAAGAAUCUUCAAGAGUAGCCAAGGAAUCAAAGGCUGCAGCCAUACGGCGCAAACUCCAAGUUUGCCCUUGGGCCGUGGGAAUCACGAAUAGUCUUUCCGGUCGAAGAUCAUCCUCCGCGAUGCCCUUUUCCAACAUGUAUAGCUGCUCGUCCGGAUGCGUGUAUACGCGGUGUGGUGGGACACCCGAGAUCAGGGUCUGUGGGGAAUCAGAUGAAAUUGAGUCCGUGGUAUUUAGGUCUGUCGCAUUGGUCGUGGAAAUGUCAUGGAUUUGGAGAGAUGUCCAGAGAUGUUGGUGCUGGAGAUUAUGGAGGAUUUGAAUGGUGGUUGCAGCGAGUGGAUUGCCGGAGGCAGAAGCUGACUCGAUGAGUUUUGUCAGUGCCGAUGGUUCCAGCGUAGGGGGCUGUGCUUGUUGAGAAGUCAUUUUGAGCUCUGAGAGUCGGCUGCUUCUUUGUGAUUUAUCUGAUUCUUAUUGCG